AUGAAAAAUUCAUUCUCUUUACGCACAAAUAAUUCAAAUGCCGAAGUCAAACUUCUACGAUCAAAAGAUGACCUAAUACACGAACUCGUGACUUCUGAAAUUAAAUACAUAAGUUACCUCAGGAAGGUUUUGAAGUACUUUGCAAGGCCCUUAAUUGACCGCAGAUACUUGCCAGAAGAUAUACACUCUGAAAUUUUUGGACGUCUCGUGCCCAUCUUAAGUGUCAAUGAAACUCUUCUUGAGUCUGUCUUAACUGUUGGAGUAGAGAAAGCAUUUCUGAAAAUUUCUCCAUGUUUGAAAUUAUAUGCAGAUUAUGCCAACCGCUACCAAACAAACGUUGUGUUUAUGGAGACUUGUAAUGCAUUCAUACCAGGACUAAUGGAGUUUAUAAAUAAACAAGAAAGCUUACCAGAUGUUAAUUUACAGCUUUCAGCACUCCUCAUAAUGCCCAUACAGCGCAUUCCUCGGUAUUCUUUAAUACUCCAAGAACUUGUUAUCAUUUGCCUUCAAAUGGACGGUUUAAGUAAUCCAGAAGCAAAUAAAUGUGCCAUUAGUAUUAACGAAGCUGCUCGUCAACAUUUUAUGAUACCAGAAUAUGCAGCCACUCUUAUUUUAAAAUUAUGGGAUAAUCAUCAUCAAGUGCAUUACUCUCCAGAAUCUCAUGAUUCAAGUUUUUCAGAUCUGAAACGUUAUAUUCAUAGAAUGUGUGCUUCCACAAUUAUUCUUAUUGCAGGUUUUGCUAGUGUGGUAGCGACAGCAACAUUUUUAAAUGAACAGAUUAGAAUCAGUGAACAAGCUACUAAGGCCGCUUUAUUACAAUCAAGACUUUUUGGCAAAUGGUCGCAAAACCUCAUUCUAGUACCUGGGCGUAAACUAUUGAAGUAUGGAUUGGUGAAAAAGGUGAAUUCUCUUGAUGGAGUUGCGGAAACUCGUUUACUAGUGAUUAUGUCUGAUAUACUGAUAUGUGCUAAACCGCGAACCCAGACGGAGUUGGAAUUUAUUUUCAGCAAGAAAAAGUGUGUUUAUAGCCGAAAAUAUCCUAAUCCUUUUACACAGUUGUACGGAAGAAAAAUGUCUUUAGGGUUUACAAAACACAUUCGAAAGUCGAAUGACACAAACUCAUUGAUUCACGUUUCUAAAUUUUCUAAAUCAGUCUCACAAAGUUCUAACUCUCAAACUUUUAACGAUUCAACUGAUUUUUUAACAGAUAGUAAAGUUUGUUUUUCAUGUGUUGCUGUCUAUCCUCUUCAUCACUGUCAUGUUCAAAUUCAUUUUAAACCACAUAAUACGUUUCUGCAACCGAUCCCUGAGUCCCCUGAAUGUCCACCAAAUCAGAACAACUCAGUGUUUAUUUCACCAAUUUCUAUCGGAGGAUUUAGUCGUCACACUGCAUCAACACCAUUGGCGUUCGAUGAAUAUGCAUGUGGAUCAACAUCUGUUGUAAGACUGAAAUCGGAUUCAUUUAUUACCUUCAAUGAAGAUGACUACACAAUGAGACACCCUGAACCUUUGAAUGAAUACAGUUUCACUGUGCACUGUCGUGAUGCUAACUUUACUAUCGUGAAUGGUAAUUUAAGUGAAGCUGAAGAUUGGAUAUCUAGUUUGGAGACAGCCAUUCAAGCUGUUAAAACAGCACGAAAAAGCCUUCGUAAGGAAAGCAGUGCGAAGUGGCCAAUGCGUGCUUCAGAUUUUAUUCAAUUUGAACAAUGGCUAGAACAGAAACGUAUAGUCGAAGAGUCAAUGAAAUCUUCUCGAAUCUUUCAAAGAAUGGGAAUGGAAGAGUUGACCAUUGAUAAUCCCCUUUCACCAGUAAAUUUUCUUGAGUCAUCUAGAAUGGAACAAAAACUUGAAGAAUAUCGUAGACGUAAAUCCAUCGGCUGUGAUACCGAAAAAAACAAUCGGCUUUCUUAUAUGUUUUGUGAGUCUGGUAGUCUUGAACUUAAUCCCAAAAAAUCAAAACGUGAUAAACAAUGUGGACUGUUUUGUCAUUCGUUUAUGUCUAAAUUUAAAGAAAAUAACUUAGUUAAUGCCUCAGUACUUUAUCAUUCAAACGAUUCUGUUCGUUUGUUAUCCAUAACAAGCAUUGCUGAUAAGCCCACAUCAAAUUCCAUUCCGUUCAAUACAGGAAAUCAUUUGUACAGCAGUGAUCGUUGUUACCAUUUGGGUGAUACUCAUCGUAGUUCAUUUCCAUCUCAAUUAGCCCAAUCUUUUAGUGGAUGUUUGUGCAUGUAA